UCAUUAAUUCAAUAGUAAUUGGAGAACACUCACUUAGAUAUUCGAAGAUGCAGCUUUUCACACAAACCCUCAUUUUGGCCGUGGCCCUUGUCAGCGUCAGCGCUGUUCCCAACUUUGGUGCCGAUUUGAGCCUUUUCCGUAUGGUUAUGGGUGAAGUCGAGUCCCGAGUCCUGACGCCCGCUGCCCAGACCUGUGCCAACACCUACCUGAACGCCACCCAGAAGAAUGGAGACAAGCUGGCCAAUGCCACCAAUCUCUGUGAAGAGGCCGCCAAUCGCACCACCGUCGCUAACAGCCAACAAAGCAAUGCCACAGUCAGCCUGAUCCGCACCCAGCUUCUCACCCUGGAGAAGAAUUUGGAGCUGUGCCGCAACGAGACCGAUUCGGCAAGGUUCCUCAACUGCACCACUGCAACUUUCGAUAAGAACCUCCAGCUUUUGGACACCUCGAACUCGCAGGCUUACCAAACCCAGACCCUGUUUGUGGCCAACUCCACCCAGGUGGCUGCUGCCAGGACCAACUGCAUUAGCGCUGCUGUCAGCGAGGCAAAGGUGGCUGCCAUUCAGUCUGCCAAUGAUUAUGACAACUGUGUGGCCAAAAUCCCGGCCCAGCGGGACAUUCCUCACGAACAAAUUAAGCCUGUUCAGGAGCAGAUUGUCCAGGAGCCUGUCCAGAUGGAGCCUAUCCAGGAGGAGCAUAUUCCCCACCAGCAGCCUAUUAUCUAAAAAGGAAAUUUUAAUCCAAUAAACACGGUUCGCUGUAAUCAUGA